AUGUCAGCAUCAGCAGUUUUAAAAGCAAAUGAUUUUAUGAUUCCUUAUGAGACCAUAAGAUCGAAAUAUGAAAAUUAAGGAGUUUUAGGUGUUGGUUUUGAUUGGGUACUCGAAUUAACUUCAACAAAUUAUGUUUUAGUUGAACCAAAAUCCUCUUAUAAGAUAAUCAUGCAACAUUAUUAGUCAUUAGCCCCAGAAGUUUACAAGCUUAAAAUUGAAAGAAUAACUGAAGCAGCAGCUUCCAGUUACAAUUCUCACCUGUAGAAGAUUAUUGGCUUUUCAAUGCAAGAGAGAAAAGGAGGAGAGAAGGAUUUAUAUGUUUUGUAUGAUUAUAAUGAAGUUGCUAGUAAUUUUGAAAGCUACAUCUAAGAAUAGAGAUCUGGAGAUGGUAUUUAAGAAGAAGAAGUUUAUGAAUUGAUAUAUACAUGUCUUGAUAGCUUUUAUCUCUCUUGUCUUAAUCAUAUGGAAUAUCUCACACUAAAUCCCUACAAUAUCUUUGUAUCACGCUCUCAAUAUCAGAAAUUUAUAAUAGGUAAUUGCAGCUUAACGAUUGCAGGCAAAGAAAAAGCUUUAGAUUUUAGUCUUCCAACAGAUAAUUUUCAUAGCAUAAAGCCUUUAAGCAGAGAUGCAAACUGCACAGAAAGAGCUCUUUUGUUUAAAGUGGGCAUGCUCGUAUUGUAUAUGAUUGGAACAUAAGAUUUAGUCACAUUCCAUAACGAAUUCAAAAGCAAAAUCUCUACUUAAUCAAUAUAAUUUUAUCUCUAACACGCAGGUUAGGUAUACUCAGCUCAAUUGAUUUCUCUUUUAAAUGACAUGCUUUUCUUAAAUGAAGCUAUUCGCCCUACCCUCAAAUCUAUUAUUGAAAUGAAAAGCGACAAGUACUUCCCUCGUCCUCUUAAAUACUAUUAAGGAACAAUUAUGAAUAAUGCAUUUGAAUUCAAAGGCUGGGUUGAGUGGUAUAAUGAUCCAACUUCAGGGGAGCUAAAAAAGCAUAUGACUGGUUUAGGUUAAGUUGUAGGAGUCUUUAACGGUCAUUUUGUCUAAACAAGAAAGUAUGGAUAUGGCCUAAGUAUGCAACCAAACGGUAUCCAUACAUGGGGAAAUUGGGAAAAUGAUGCUAUUUCUCACGGUAUUCUUUACAAUACAGUUUAAAGAUAUAUUUUCAUUGGAGAGUUCAAAGAUGAAUAAUUAUCUAAUGCCUCUGGUUCUCUUAUUUACUUGAGAGACAGCACUAAUCAAGGAGGAGUUUUAGCCUAUGAAGGAGAAUUUAUAGAUGGAAAAAUUGUAAGUGGAGAGUGCUGGACACUAGAAGGUAAAUACUAAGGUAACUUUUAGGAUGGGCUAUUUGAGGGUGAUGGUGUAUUUAUAUUUAGAUAUCCUAAAUCUGGUUACAGAAUUUGGGAAGGACCUUUCCACUAAGGAAAGUUUAAUGGUCAAGGUGUUCUUAAAAAGACAGAUGGAUAAGAAAUAUAAGCUAGAUUUAACAUGGGAUAGAGAGUUGAUAGUUAAUGA